AUGUUUCUUCCUAGUUUAAAGUCUGUUUAUGUUUCGGCUGCAGCAGCAAGCUUGCUCAUGUUUAUGGCAGGCACUGCUUGCUGUUGGUCCUCUCCAGAAAUACCAAAACUUCUAAACAUCACGGAGAAUUCCUUUGGGAGGGCAAUAACGCCGGAAGAAAUUUCGUGGAUAUCUUCGUUGUUGACCUUGGGUGCAGCGUUUAGUCCUUUUCUGUAUGGAUUCUUGGCCGAUAGUAUUGGAAGGAAACCAUCGAUGUUGCUAGUCGGAGUGCCGUUUUUUGUUUCUUAUGUGAUGCUGGCGACAGGGACGGUCAUAGAAAUAUAUUAUUGUGCAAGAUUUUUAUCGGGAAUUGGUGUCGGUGGAGUAUUUACACUGGUUCCCAUGUAUAUUGGAGAGAUAGCUGAAAGUAGAAACAGGGGAUUGAUCAGCUGUUUAACGGGAGCUGUCUGCUCAAUUGGUCUGCUUUUUUCAGUGUGCCUAGGACCAUUCAAGUCAAUACAGUUUUUUAACACUGUUUUAGCAAUUCCUCCUUUGGUCUUCCUAAUUGUUUUCAGUCUUUUGGCCGAAGAAAGUCCUAUAUAUUUAGUCAAGAAAAAGAAAUGUGAUAAAGCAGAAGUGGCAUUGCAGAAUUUAGGAAGAACUGCAGAAGUAAUUAAAAAGGAUGUUAUGGAAAUGCAAACAGAGUACGAAAAUAAGGAGGAUGACAAAGUAAAUAUUAUGGAAAUGUUAAGUUCAAAAGCACUUUUGAAAGGUACUGUUGCCUCUGUAGGUCUGCUUGUAUUUCAGCAAUUGUCAGGAAUAAACGCCAUAAUGUUCUACAGUCAGACUAUUUUUGAAACAGCUGGAAGUACCCUCCCUCCACACAUCUGUACAAUCAUUCUGGUAGGUGUACAGUUCGUCAGCAGCUUUAUAGUACCGUUUGUAGUAGACAGGUUCGGUCGCAAGUUAUGUCUCCAAGUCUCAGCUCUAGGUAUGAUAGCAUCUAUUGGUCCUCUAGCCAUCUACCUUUACAUAAGAACUGCUGGUUACAACGUAGAACACUUCUCCUGGGUACCAGUAUUAACGCUUACCACCUUCAUAAUCUCUUUUAAUUUCGGAUAUGGUCCUCUUCCAUGGACAGUGUUGUCGGAAAUGUUUUCGACGAAAUAUAGAUCAUUCGCCAGCGCUUUUGUCUCGACGGUUUGUUGGUUGGUGUCAUUUGUAGUUACCAAAUACUUUGGAUUAGCUGUGGCAACAUUUGGUUUGGGCAAUGUGUUUGGUUUUUCGACGGCUUGUUGUUUGGCAUCAGUGAUCUUUUGUUGGUUAUGCGUUAUUGAAACCAAAGGCAAAAGUUUGCAGGAGAUACAAGAUAUAUUGAAUGGGUAA